GAGCCGUUAGUAUCGUUGCCGUUGCGAUUGGAAUGGUGGUGUGAUGUGCAUCGUGGUGAAACGCGCAUCCUGAAGAACGGCGAAGUACGUGGAUAUUACAAAGGCCCUUUCGGCUCCCCCGACCCCGUUUUCAUCCCCCGGUGCUCCUUGCGGGGAUCGAGAGAGCCGCGCGUCCGCGUUCUCCAAAAUCUGCCGAAGCGUGGUCCAGCUCUCCUUUUCGCGGCGUGCUUCGUGGCAGCCUCCUCUUCUUCCUCGUGCGCGCCCGAUGCCCACGUACAGUCGGUAGUAAUAACCACCACGUAAUCGCGGUGAGUGCGAGGUGAAGCUAACGGAAGAGACAGGAGAAAAAGAGAGACCGAGGAUACUCGACGAAGAAGAGGAAAAGAGAGAGCGAGAAAAGAGAUAUCGGAGAUAAAAUACCAAGAUGCCGUGCUCCGCAGUGACGCUGUCUCUUGCCACCAUAACCGGUAUAAUCGCCACUGCCCUCCUGGCGAUCGCCUUCUCCACGGACAACUGGCUCUACACCGAGGUCAAGCGUGCCCAGAUCCAGCAAUAUGCGAGCAAGCAUGCCGAGCAAAGCCAUUUGGUGGAGCAAAUGAACAAGAAAUACUAUUAUUACACGAGGACUCAAGGUCUAUUUAGGAUAUGCUAUCCCAAAGAGAGACCACCAACAGUCGAGACUUAUCUGAGUCCCGUAGAGACACAUUGCAUGAAUAUUGAUUAUUUCAUUCCCGAUGAAGAAAAUCAAACGAGAGGCUUCUCUGACGAUGCAAUGGCACGAUUACACAUGGGGAGAUCCGUGAUAGCUCUAUUCAUGGUUGGCUUCCUCGCGAUAUUUUCGGCAUUCUGGACAGGAGUAGUGGGCUGUUGGAGAAGAUCACCAGGAAACAUCACGGCUACCGCAAUUUUGAUGUUAUUCGCCUGUUUACUAAGUGCUGGCGGUAUGGGCCUCUGGCACGGCGUCGAAUAUUAUGAAAAAGAAAAAAUCGUCGGGGAGGAAUAUUACCAGCAAUGGAGCAACGUUUUAAGAGACAACACGGCGCAGUGGUACGACUGGUCGUUUUACCUCGCCUGGCUGGGGGUAGCUACGUGUCUGGGCACAAUGACGCUAUUCCUGAUCGCGGCAUCCUGCCUGAGAAGGGAGCGUGCCCGCGAACAGGCCCAGAACGUUCAAUACAUCAUGCCAGUGUACCCGCAGAAGCAGCAGUACGCAUAUGCCGGAUAUCCGGCACCUGCGGCGUAUCCGGGGCCGUAUUAUCACGGCUCCCAGUACGGGCCCUACAACUACUGAAGGAACUCGGCCGGUCGGCAUCGGUGGAAAGAAAGUAUCCCGAGCGCGCCAGUGCUCGUCGUUGAUAUCGAAAAUUUGCGUCACUUAGCAGAACGAGAACUAAAACUACUAUUCAACACGAAAUCCGAGAUUCCGUCGAGAUCGAUACGUGAUCGCGCUCCGUGACGUAAAAAAUCUAUCGAUCCGAAGUGAUCGCGUACCGCGUUGAUCUCGAACGUAAAUUUAACCCCAAUUCAAAAUUCGUGGCUUCGAAUGUUAUAUGCGAGAUGUAAACAUGCUAUGAGAUCCCCCGAAAUAUAAGCUCUUUUCUUCCCGCGAUAGACCGAUCGAUUUUGAUUCCAUCCGACCGGAAGCAAGAGCCCAGACAGCGCGAAGAUCCGAAAGACGUCCGAGAGAAGCCCAAAAGAAACUUGAAAAAAAAAAAAUGAGGGAACAUCUUUUGGACUUUCUUAUCGCAUCUUUUGGACGUUGGCGUUGUCCGGGAAGCUCGACUUGCGUGAGACGGUUGCUCAAAAUACACGUACUUACACUUUAUAGGAGCGAGAUUACUUUGUAUUUUUCCAGUUUGAUAAGUAAGAUAAACGAUCAUCCCUCACGCAUCUUUCCCGCGCGUGCCGAUCAAGCAAGGGCGUGAAUUCACGCUCGUGAAAGAUACGUGUUCUCAUCGUACGUUUUCAUUGGACUGCGAUAAUCGGUUUCACCGAGCUUUCUCGAAUUCCCAUUAACGAGCGUUACGCCGGUGAUUCAUUCAUCACGGUAACGGUCUUCGGCAAAAAGAGAGGAUCCGACGAAAAAUGCAGCAGUCGGGCGAUCACCGGCCGUGGAUUUAACGGACGUUACUCGCCUCGAUGAAACUCGGUAAAAACAGUCGCGAGUCGUGUAAUUAAUUCGAUCGACCAUACGUUUAUCGAAUUUAGAAGCUACGAAGCUUGGCUCGCGUUGACGCGCCGCGCGUUUACUAUUAUUUAUUUAACGCGAUCGAAGCUCAAGUUUCUCUCUCGAGGAGAGGAUCGUCGUCGAGUCGCGCGAGCAAAGCGGAAAACGACGCGAAUACGGCAUCACGUUCAUGAACGCUGUCGCCCCUUUGGUAGUACCAAAUAUUAAAUAAAUAUCCUGACUAUAAGAGCAACUAUCGCGAUUUCGCGAGAAUAUUUCUACGCGCCGCGAACUUGGUUUUAACACUUUCGAACCCAGCGGAACGGUAGAUUUCAAUUGAAAGUAUCGAGAGAUACGCAAUUAAAAUAUAAAAGUGAUUUGAAUAGAAUUCAUGAUAUUUUUUUAUUUCCUUUAAAUCACUUUAUAUUAAAAUGAUAUUUCCAAUAAAAAUCUAUCCUUCCGGUCGUUGAUGUCUGCACGCGAUGCAAGAUUUGAUUAAAUAAAUUAAAAAUUUGGCUUGAAAAGGUCAAAACUACUUUCUCGGGCGUAUAUGAUCUACGUUACGUAAAGGUUUAUAUAAUAUAUGGUGCUACUAGGAUCGUUACGCGAUAACGAUUCGCGAAGUUUGUCUAAUACAUAGCUCUUUUGAUAAUGUUGAUUUUUGUAAGGUUCAUUACAUCGAUAUCUUUAUGUGUAAGACAUUUAGGAAGUAAAGAAAAAUAUUUCAAUUAUUUUAUAGAUAUAUAAAAAUAUAUUAGCAAAUAAACUAAAUUGGAAUA